CAGUUAAUCGAUAAAUUUGGAUCAGAAUCGAAUAUUGUUGGAACAAUUCAUAUAACCACAUCACAUUUUAUAUUUCGUGCUGAUAAUUCAUCAAAAGAAAUAUGGGUUGCAAACGCGCUUAUUGGAAAUAUCGAAAAAGGCAAUCUUUCUGCCAUUGGGACAUAUUUAACUAUUCGAUGCAAGCAUUUUUUAACAUUAAAUUUUUUGAUAGCAAAGGAUAAAGAUUGUCAAGAUUUAUAUGAAACACUGUUGAAAUGUGGCAGACCGGUUAACAUAAUUGAUGUCUUUGCUUUUGAAAAUCGAGAAAAAAAUGGACGAAAACGUUGUUGGGACCGUUUUAAUUGGCAGAUUGAAUUUGCUAGGCAAGGUAUCGGUAUUGCUGAUAAACAUUUAUGGAAAAUUAAUGAUUUUAAUGUAGAUUAUCGAUACUGUGAUACAUAUCCGGAAUAUUUAUGUACCCCUUCAUCUGCUACAAAACAAAUUCUUAUUGGUUCAUGUAAAUUUCGCAGUCGUGCUCGUUUACCUGUCCUCACUUAUUGGCAUCGGCCAAAUUUUGGAAGAUUUUGCAGAUGCGCCCAACCACUAACAGGUUUUACUGCUCGCUGUGUCGAAGAUGAACAACUAAUGAAUUUAAUCGCUAAAACAAAUCCUUCUUAUCAAUCACUUUGUCUUAUUGAUACCAGGCCAUUGGUGAAUGCGAUGAUGAAUAAAAUGCAAGGCAAAGGAUACGAAGAUAUAAAAAAUUAUCCAAAUAUGCGCUUUCAUUUUUUUGAUAUCGAGAAUAUUCAUGUUAUGCGUUCAAGUUUAAAUAAAUUGCUUGACGCUUGUCAACGAACCAAAACAAUUACCGAUUACUAUAAGCAGCUUGAAUCUUCGGGUUGGUUAAGGCAUAUUCGAUCACUGCUUGACUGCAGUGCAUUUUUGGCUGAUUUGGUUUCUCGUGGUAUUUCUGCUGUUGUACAUUGUUCUGAUGGUUGGGAUCGAACAUCACAAACCGUGAGCCUGGCGCAACUAUUGCUUGAUCCAUUUUUUCGAACAAUAAGAGGUUUUCAAGUUUUAAUAGAAAAAGAUUGGCUUGGAUUCGGGCACAAAUUCGAUGACCGGUGUGGGCAUAUUGGUGCUCUUAAUGAAGAAGCUGCUAAAGAAGUUUCUCCAAUUUUCACGCAGUUUCUUGACUGUGUUUAUCAGAUUAUGCGGCUGCAGCCUCGUGCAUUUGAAUUUAACGAAAGGUAUUUGAUAGAUAUUCACGAACACGCUUACUCUUGUCAAUAUGGUACAUUCCUCGGUAAUUGCGAUAAAGAUCGUAAAGAUUUAAACCUGGCAAAACGGACGCUUUCUCUAUGGAGUUAUAUAGAUGAUCAUCAUGAUGACUAUAUUAAUCCACUAUACGAGUUUCAGGCUAAUAAAUUUUCAUAUUUGGCUAAUGUCGAUUUGCAUCCAUCAGCUAUUGUCGUUUGGACAGCUAUGUAUAAUCGGUUUGAUACCGGUCUUCUUCCUAGAGAAUCGACAACUGAUGUAACAAUAGCAACACUUGAACAUAUUGGAGUAUUAGAAGCGCAAAUGGCUUCACUUCAGGCUGUGACUUUUUUGGCUCCAUCAUUUCUAUUUAUGAAGAUGAUUAGUGGAGUUAUGUCUGAUAGUGGUCACUCCAGUACUGUCUCAUCAGGAGCACAACCUACAACACCUCUGCAGUCAUUACCUGAAUUAUGUAUGCUUUUAAUUUUUCUACAUGGAAUUAUUGAUGAUAAUACUUCAUUCCCUGCACUUCAGUGGCAAUCUUUACGUGCAGCAGAUGAAUGCUCAUCGAAGAACUGUGGUGCAGAAUUUGCUACUCGUGUUGAACGACGCUUUCAUUGCUAUCGUUGCGGUAAAAUACAUUGUCGCCGUUGUGUUACUGUGACAUCGGAUCAACGCGACCGAAUAUGUUAUUCUUGUGCAGCAGUGAAUGCAACGUAA